UGUUAGAAGCAGACCUAGUGGCAACACUGAUAAAAAUAUCACCGAGAACAGCGAAACUUCACCAACUUCAAUACAGGACUUAAACAAAAAAAACAAAAGAAAGAAGAAAAAAACUGAAGGAACUAAACGCACAGCCUAAACCGAAGAACUAUUACAGUCAUGGUUUGAACACCCUGUAACGAUUAUCAUUACCUAUUGUUAAAUCGUUUUGCAAGGAUCUAAUUGUCAAAAUAACUAUUAAUAAACACACUUUUAGGUCUUGUGGCGGGAGGGGGCGGGGGAGGGGGUGGUGUCAAUCUCGUAAAAUGCAGCUUGCAGCGGUUUGUGGUACUCUGAUAGCUUCAGUGCUUUUAAUUCAAGCCAUUGCAGGAAACCCGGAAUGCUCAUGUGGACGAAAUCAUUUCACAUGUGCGGUGAAUACCUUUGGGGAGUGCACCUGCAUUCCAGCUCAGUGGCAGUGCGACGGGGACAAUGACUGUGGAGACCACAGUGAUGAAGAUGGAUGCACUCUUCCUACCUGCUCCCCACUGGAUUUCCACUGCGACAACGGGAAGUGUAUCCGUCGCUCCUGGGUGUGCGAUGGGGACAAUGACUGUGAAGAUGAUUCAGAUGAGCAAGAUUGUCCUCCCCGGGAGUGUGAAGAGGAUGAGUUCCACUGCCAGAACGGAUACUGUAUCCGCAGCCUGUGGCACUGCGAUGGAGACAAUGACUGUGGGGACAACAGCGACGAGCAGUGUGACCUGAGGAAAUGUUCAGACAAGGAGUUCCGGUGUACUGAUGGAAGCUGUAUCGCUGAACACUGGUACUGCGAUGGAGACAUAGACUGCAAAGACGGGUCAGAUGAGGAAAGCUGCCCCUCUGAAGUUCCCAUGGCGACGUGCAGCGUGGAGGAGUUCCAGUGCUCGUACGGCCGCUGCAUCCUCGAUAUCUACCACUGUGACGGCGAUGACGACUGUGGUGACUGGUCUGACGAGUCUGACUGCUCCUCUCACCAGCCCUGCAGGUCAGGCGAGUUCAUGUGCAGCAGCGGCCUGUGCAUCAACGCUGGCUGGAGGUGUGAUGGAGACUCUGACUGCGAUGACCAGUCCGAUGAGAAAAACUGCACCACCUCCACCUGUACCACCGACCAGUUCCGCUGCAAGUCUGGGCGCUGUGUGCGGUUAUCAUGGAGAUGUGAUGGGGAAGACGACUGCUCAGAUAACAGUGACGAAAUAGGCUGUGAGAAAACAGAUUCCCCUCAGUGUGCUUCAGACCAAUUCCUGUGUGGGAAUGGCCGCUGCAUUGGUCAGAGGAAGGUGUGCAAUGAGGUCAGCGACUGUGGAGACGGCAGUGAUGAGAGCCCGCACCAGAACUGCCGUCCCAGGUCGAGUGAGGAGAAUUGCAAUGUGAACAAUGGUGGCUGUUCUCAGAAAUGCCAGAUGGCUCGAGGACAGGUGCAGUGCACGUGUCACACUGGGUUCAGGCUGAAGGAUGACGGGAGGUCAUGUCAAGAUGUGGAUGAGUGUUCGGAAGAAGGCUACUGCAGUCAGGGUUGUACUAACACUGAGGGAGGUUUCCAGUGCUGGUGUGUGCACGGCUAUGAACUCCGACCCGAUAAACGCAGCUGCAAAGCAUUAGGGCCAGAGCCUGUUCUACUGUUUGCCAACCGGAUCGACAUCCGACAAGUGCUUCCCCACCGCUCCGAGUACACACUCCUGCUCAACAACCUGGAGAACGCCAUUGCUCUGGACUUCCACCACAACAUGGAGCUGGUCUUCUGGUCAGACGUCACGCUGGACAGGAUCAUGAAGGCCAACUUGAACGGGAGCAAUGUGGAGGAGGUGGUGUCGACAGGCCUCGAGAGUCCAGGUGGUCUGGCAAUUGACUGGAUCCACGACAAACUGUACUGGACAGACUCUGGCACAUCUCGCAUUGAGGUCGCCAACGUGGAUGGCACUCACAGGAAGGUGCUCCUGUGGCAAAACAUGGAGAAGCCACGAGCCAUAGCUCUCCACCCAAUCGAAGGGAAGAUCUACUGGACCGACUGGGGCAACACUCCGCGGAUUGAGUACGCCAACAUGGACGGCUCCAAUCGCAGGAUCAUUGCUGACACCCACCUCUUUUGGCCAAACGGGCUCACCAUCGACUACGCUGGCCACAGAAUGUACUGGGUGGAUGCCAAGCAUCAUGUGAUUGAGCGAGCCAAUCUGGAUGGGAGCAACAGGAAAGCGGUCAUCAGCCAAGGGUUGCCUCAUCCCUUUGCCAUCACUGUCUUUGAGGACAGUCUGUACUGGACUGACUGGCACACCAAGAGCAUCAACAGUGCCAACAAGUUCACAGGCAAGAACCAGGAGAUCAUCCGCAAUAAACUCCACUUCCCCAUGGACAUCCACACACUGCACCCCCAGCGGCAACCAGCAGGAGGGAGAAACCGCUGUGGGAACAACAAUGGGGGUUGCAGCCACCUCUGCCUGCCCAGCAACAAAACAUUCACCUGUACCUGCCCCACUGGCUUCCAGAAGAUCGACAAUUUCAACUGCGCUCAAAGUCUUGACAAGUUCCUGCUUUUUGCCCGAAGGACGGACAUCCGUCGGAUCAGCUUCGACACAGAGGACAAGUCCGACGAUGUCAUCCCGCUGGCUGAUGUGCGCAGCGCUGUGGCCCUGGACUGGGAUUCCAAGGACGAGUACAUCUACUGGAGCGACGUCACCACCGACUCUAUUAACAGGGCCAAGUGGGAUGGCUCCAGACAGCAGGUUGUUGUGGAUACCAGUCUGGAGAGUCCAGCGGGUCUAGCUUUUGACUGGGUGACCAGCAAACUCUACUGGACAGAUGCAGGUACAGACAGGAUUGAAGUGUCCAGUGCAGAUGGCAGCAUGAGGACUGUGCUGAUCUGGGAGAAUCUGGACAGACCCAGGGACGUUGUAGUGGAUCCCAUUGGAGGGUACAUGUACUGGACAGACUGGGGAGCCAGCCCCAAGAUCGAGCGGGCAGGGAUGGAUGCCUCAAACCGCAUUGUCAUCAUCUCCUCCAACCUGACCUGGCCCAAUGGCCUGGCGAUUGACUAUGAGACUGAGAGGCUGUACUGGGCAGAUGCUGGCAUGAAAACCAUAGACUUCUCCAACUUGGAUGGCACUGACAGACAGGUGUUGAUUGGAAGCCAGCUGCCCCACCCUUUUGGGCUGACUGUGUAUCUGGACAAAAUCUACUGGACAGACUGGCAGUCCAAGAGCAUCCAAAGUGCUAAUAAACUGAGUGGCCUGGGCCGAGUCACUCUGAGAGAGAACCUGGAGAACCUCAUGGAUAUUCACAUGUUUCACCGGCACAGGUCCCCAGUGCCCACAGUGUGUAAAGUGAAUAAUGGAGGAUGCAGUCACCUCUGUCUGCUGGCUCCCCUGCCCAAGGGCUCCAGCUGUGCCUGCCCAACAGGAAUCACCCUCCAGUCUGAUGGAAAGACCUGUGCUCACGGCAUGAACAGUUUCCUGAUUUUUGCACGAAGGACAGACAUCCGCAUGGUUUCUUUGGACAUCCCCUACUUUGCUGAUGUUGUUCUUGCAAUCAAUGAAUCUUUGAAAAAUACCAUUGCCAUUGCUGUGGAUCCUAAAGAAGGGAAGGUUUACUGGUCAGACAGUACAUUGAAAAAAAUAAGCAGAUCCAACCUGAAUGGAACAGAGUAUGAAGAUAUUAUCACAACUGGUUUAAUGACGACCGAUGGACUGGCUGUGGAUGCUGUAGGCCGUAAGAUUUACUGGACUGACACUGGGACCAACCGGAUUGAAGUCGCCAAUUUGGAUGGAUCAAUGAGAAAAGUUCUUAUUUGGCAAAAUCUGGACAGCCCGAGGGCCAUUGCACUCUACCAUGAAAUGGGAUAUAUGUUCUGGACUGACUGGGGAGAGCAUGCAAAGCUGGAACGUUCUGGAAUGGACGGAACAGGCCGCGUGGUUCUCAUCAGUAACAACCUGGGCUGGCCCAAUGGACUUGCCAUAGACAAGGCAGGGUCCCAGCUACUGUGGGCUGAUGCUCAUACUGAGCGUAUCGAGGCAGCUGACCUCAACGGUGCCAACCGUCGAACUCUGGUCUCACCAGUUCAGCACCCCUAUGGACUGACCCUAUUGGGCCCACACAUCUACUGGACAGACUGGCAGACCCGUAGCAUCCAGCGAACAGACAAGAACACGGGCGGCAGCAGCAUCACUGUGCGCGGAAACCUGCCUGGCCUCAUGGACAUUCAGGCCGUGGACCGGAACAAGCCCCUGGGCUUUAAUAAGUGUGGUGUGAGAAACGGAGGCUGCAGCCAUUUGUGCCUCCCCAAUCCCAGCAGCCUCUCCUGCUCAUGCCCCACGGGGAUCCAGCUGAAGAGCGACGGGCGGACAUGUGACGACUCCCCCGAGACAUACCUGCUCUUCUCCAGCCGUGGCAGCAUCCGCCGCAUCUCCCUGGACACCAACGACCACACUGACGUCUACGUGCCAGUGCCUGAGCUCAACAACGUCAUCUCGCUGGACUACGACAGCGUGGACGGCAAGGUCUAUUACACAGACGUGCAUCUCGACGUCAUCAGGCGUGCCAACCUGAAUGGAAGCACCUUGGAGACUGUGAUUAGCCACGGCCUGAAAACGACGGACGGGCUGGCAGUGGACUGGGUGGCUCGGAAUCUAUACUGGACAGACACGGGCAGGAACACCAUCGAGGUAGCCCGGCUGGACGGCUCCAAUCGCAAAGUGCUCAUUAACAACAGUCUGGACGAGCCCAGGGCCAUUGCUGUGUUCCCAAGGAAGGGGUAUCUCUUCUGGACUGAUUGGGGCCACAUUGCCAAGAUUGAGAGGUCACACCUGGAUGGUUCUGAGCGCAAGGUCCUGAUCAAUACUGACCUGGGCUGGCCCAACGGAUUGACUCUGGACUACGACACACGAAGGAUCUACUGGGUCGAUGCCCACUUAGAUCGGAUAGAGAGUUCCGAUCUCAAUGGAAAACUGCGCCAGAUCCUUGUCAGCCCUGUCUCCCAUCCCUUUGCCCUCACACAGAUGGAGACAGUGUCUUCAAAACUAACCAUUCUCUCCCACCUCUCGCAGCAAGACCGGUGGAUUUAUUGGACUGACUGGCAGACAAAGUCUAUUCAACGAGUAGACAAGUACACAGGAAGGAGCAAGGAGACCAUUCUUGCCAAUGUUGAGGGGCUCAUGGACAUUAUUGUAGUGUCACCACAGCGGCAGACUGGUACCAACUUCUGCGGAGUUAAAAACGGGGGUUGCACUCACCUUUGCUUUGCCAGAACUGCAGAUUUUGUUUGUGCCUGUCCGGAUGAAAGUGAUGGAAAACCUUGUUCCACAAUUCCAGGUUAUGUGCCACCAGAUCCUGACACUUCUACAGCAAGUGCUACUCAGCCUGAUAAAUCUCACAAGAACUCUGGUGUCUCCACAGAGGAACUCACACCACCUGCCCAUACACCUGCAAAAAAUUGCUCUGUACAGGAUACAGGUCUUGCAAACUGUAACACUGAGCAGAGUGAUGGUCCAGUCCCCUCCGAUGAAAGCUUGCACAUGAGUUACAUCAUUGGGGGAGUCCUCACCAUGCUGGCCUUCCUCAUACUUAUUGCUGCCUUUAUCAUAUACAGGCACAAAAAAUCAAAGUUUGCAGAUCCAGGAGUGAGCAACCUGACUUACAGUAACCCAUCAUACCGCACCUCCACGCAAGAGGUGAAGAUAGAAACGGUGCAGAAGCCACCGAUUUAUAACCAGCUACGAUGUAAGAAAGAGACUGGCAUUGACAACAGCUACACCAAGGAGAAGAUCAAGAUUGUGGAGGGGAUCUGCCUGCUGUCCAGCGACGAGCUGUACUGGGAGGACCUGAAGCAGAUGAAGCCAUCACGGGUCGGGAUUCUGCGGGAUCACGUCUGCAUGAAGACAGACACGGUGUCCCUGCAGGCCAGCAGCAGCGGCUCGCUGGACGACACGGAGAUGGAGCAGCUGCUGCAGGAGGAGCAGCAAUCCGAGUGCAGCAGCGUCCACACCACCAGGGCAACCACGUCCGAGCGACACGGCUCUCUGCCAGACACAGGCUGGGAGAUCCAGCGCAAGCCCUCCACUGAGAGCGAGGUCUGAUUCACCCUUCCGCCAGCAGGCCUCAGAUUCCUCCUGCUUUUUUUUAUUUCACCACGAACUGCGUCCGGCUGCUGCCUCAGAUAGAGACUGAGAGAACUGGGUGGGGAAGAAAAAAAAAUAAGACUGAAUGAACAAAUAAAUAUCUGGAAACCAUAAAAAAAAAAAAAAACGUUAUUGGACUGCUUCCGUGGGUCAUUUUAAUUGUGGACUUCUUUUUUGA